AUGGCGCGGCUGGCCGAUUACUUCAUCGUCGUGGGCUACGACCACGAGAAGCCAGGGUCAGGAGCAGGUCUGGGGAAAAUAAUCCAGAGAUUUCCACAGAAGGACUGGGAUGAUACACCUUUCCCACAGGGAAUUGAAUUGUUUUGUCAGCCCAGUGGGUGGCAGCUGUCCAGAGAGAGGAAGCAGCCAACGUUUUUUGUGGUGGUCCUGACAGAUAUUGACUCAGAUCGACAUUACUGCUCGUGCCUAACCUUCUAUGAGGCGGAGAUCAAUCUUCAGGGAACAAAAAAGGAAGAGAUUGAAGGUGAAGUGGAAGUGACUGGUUUAAUUCAGCCUGCAGAAGUGUUUGCUCCCAAAAGCCUGGUGCUGGUAUCCAGAUUGUAUUAUCCAGAAAUUUUUAGGGCUUGCCUGGGUUUGAUCUACACUGUAUAUGUGGACAGUCUGAAUGUCUCUUUGGAAAGUCUUAUUGCAAACCUGUGUGCGUGCCUUGUCCCAGCGGCUGGAGGGUCUCAGAAGCUGUUUUCCUUGGGAGCAGGAGAUAGACAGCUGAUCCAGACCCCUUUGCAUGAUAGUCUUCCUGUCACAGGCACUAGUGUGGCUCUCCUGUUCCAGCAGUUGGGAAUUCAAAAUGUCCUCAGCCUCUUCUGUGCAGUUCUCACGGAAAAUAAGGUUCUCUUCCAUUCCGCAAGUUUCCAGAGACUCAGUGAUGCGUGCAGAGCCCUGGAAUCUUUAAUGUUUCCUCUUAAAUAUAGUUAUCCUUAUAUUCCCAUCCUCCCGGCUCAGUUACUAGAAGUUCUAAGUUCGCCAACACCAUUCAUUAUUGGAGUACAUUCCAUCUUUAAAACUGAUGUCCAUGAACUUUUAGAUGUAAUCAUAGCAGAUUUGGAUGGAGGAACUAUUAAAAUUCCUGAAUGUAUUCACCUCUCCUCCCUCCCGGAACCACUUCUACAUCAGACUCAAGCAGCUCUUUCUUUGAUUCUACACCCAGAUUUGGAAGUGGCAGAUCAUGCUUUCCCCCCUCCACGAACAGCUUUAUCCCACUCAAAAAUGCUGGAUAAAGAAGUACGUGCAGUUUUUCUUAGAUUAUUUGCACAACUUUUCCAAGGAUAUAGAUCAUGCCUACAGCUCAUAAGAAUUCAUGCAGAACCAGUGAUACAUUUUCACAAGACAGCUUUCUUGGGGCAGCGUGGUUUGAUUGAAAAUGAUUUCCUCACUAAAGUUCUCAAUGGAAUGGCAUUUGCAGGUUUUGUUUCAGAAAGAGGCCCUCCCUAUAGAUCCUGUGAUCUCUUUGACGAGCUGGUAGCUUUUGAGGUAGAGCGAAUUAAAGUUGAAGAAAAUAACCCACUGAAGAUGAUAAAGCAUGUCAGAGAACUUGCUGAGCAACUGUUCAAAAAUGAGAACCCAAACCCUCAUAUGGCAUUUCAGAAAGUUCCACGACCCACAGAAGGAUCCCACUUGCGAGUUCAUAUUCUUCCUUUUCCAAAGAUAAAUGAAACCCGAGUACAGGAAUUGAUACAGGAGAAUCUUGCUAAGAACCAGAAUGCACCUCCUGCUUCACGAGUGGACAAGAAAUGUGUUGUGCCAGCAGGCCCACCUGUUGUUUCGAUAAUGGAUAAGGUGAAAACAGUUUUCAACAGUGCACAGAGAUUGGAAGUUGUUAGAAACUGCAUCUCAUUCAUAUUUGAAAAUAAAACAUUGGAGACUGAAAAGACCCUUCCCGCGGCAUUGAGAGCUCUUAAAGGAAAGGCAGCAAGGCGGUGUCUCACUGAUGAGCUGGGUUUGCACGUCCAGCAAAACCGGGCAAUACUAGACCAUCAGCAGUUUGACUAUAUAAUAAGGAUGAUGAACUGUACUCUGCAGGAUUGUUCAAGUUUAGAAGAGUAUAACAUUGCUGCAGCAUUACUCCCUUUGACCAGUGCUUUCUAUAGGAAACUGGCCCCCGGAGUCAGCCAGUUUGCUUACACCUGUGUGCAAGACCACCCCAUUUGGACAAAUCAGCAAUUUUGGGAGACAACCUUUUACAAUGCAGUGCAGGAACAAGUUCGCUCCCUGUAUCUCUCAGCCAAGGAAGACAAUCAUACCCUGUAUCUGAAGCAGAAGGACAAGAUUCCUAAUGAUCAACAUCAGGAGAAGACAGCCAUGGACCUGGCGGCCGAGCAGCUCCGCCUCUGGCCGACGCUGAGUAAAUCCACGCAGCAGGAGCUGGUGCAGCGGGAGGAGAGCAUCGUCUUCAGUCAGGCCAUCCACUUUGCCAACCUCAUGGUCAAUCUGCUAGUCCCACUCGAUACAAGUAAAAACAAGCUCCUAAGGACCUCGGCACCAGGCGACUGGGAGAGUGGGAGCAACAGCAUUGUCACAAACAGUAUUGCAGGAAGUGUAGCUGAGAGCUAUGAUACAGAAAGUGGGUUUGAAGAUUCAGAGAAUAAUGACAUUGCCAAUUCUGUUGUGCGUUUCAUUACCCGCUUUAUUGACAAAGUUUGUACAGAGAGUGGAGUUACUCAGGACCACAUCAAGAGCCUUCAUUGCAUGAUCCCAGGAAUUGUAGCUAUGCACAUUGAGACCCUGGAAGCUGUGCAUCGAGAGAGUAGAAGACUUCCGCCUAUACAGAAGCCUAAGAUUCUCAGACCUGCCCUGCUGCCAGGAGAAGAAAUCAUUUGUGAGGGUCUUCGAGUCCUGCUGGAUCCUGAUGGGAGAGAAGAAGCCACUGGAGGCCUCCUGGGAGGCCCGCAGCUGCUGCCGGCCGAAGGGGCCUUGUUCCUCACCACGUACAGAAUUCUGUUCAGGGGGACGCCCCACGAUCAGCUAGUUGGUGAGCAGACAGUUAUGCGAAGUUUCCCGAUCGCCUCCAUUACCAAGGAGAAGAAGAUCACAGUGCAGAACCAGCUACAGCAGAACAUGCAAGAAGGACUGCAGAUCACGUCCGCAUCUUUUCAGUUGAUUAAAGUAGCAUUUGAUGAAGAAGUGAGUCCCGAAGUAGUAGAGAUCUUUAAGAAGCAGCUGAUGAAGUUCCGAUAUCCUCAGUCCAUUUUCACCACCUUUGCUUUUGCUACUGGACAGACUACCCCGCAAAUAAUUUUACCCAAACAGAAGGAAAAGAACACUUCCUUUCGGACCUUCUCCAAAACGAUUGUGAAAGGUGCCAAAAGGGCAGGGAAGAUGACAAUUGGACGUCAGUAUUUAUUGAAGAAGAGAACAGGGACCAUCAUGGAAGAGAGAGUGAGUCGCCCUGGGUGGAAUGAGGAAGAUGACAUAUCUGUUUCAGAUGAGAGCGAACUUCCCACGAGUACCACUCUGAAGGCCUCUGAGAAGUCUACAAUGGAACAGUUGGUGGAAAAAGCCUGUUUCAGAGACUAUCAGCGUUUAGGUUUAGGAACCAUAAGUGGCACCUCUUCUCGCUCAAAACCAGAGUAUUUUCGAAUCACAGCCUGUAACAGGAUGUAUUCACUCUGCCGGAGCUACCCUGGCCUUUUAGUUGUACCUCAAGCUGUACAGGACAGUAGUUUACCAAGAGUAGCCCGCUGCUACCGACACAAUCGCCUACCUGUUGUAUGCUGGAAGAACUCAAGAAGCGGUACUCUGCUCCUCCGAGCUGGAGGAUUCCAUGGGAAGGGAGUUGUUGGUCUUUUCAAAUCUCAGAACUCCCCUCAGGCAGCCCCUGCCUCCUCCUUAGAAUCUUCCAGCAGCAUAGAACAAGAAAAGUACUUACAAGCCAUUCUGAGUGCAGUUUCUGUCCAUCAGAAACUCCGUGGCAACAACACCCUCACGGUCAGGCCGGCACUUGCUCUGCCUCCAGGUGUAUGGGCAAGUCUUCGCUCUAGCACUCGCCUCAUCAGCUCUCCAACAUCCUUCAUUGAUGUUGGUGCCCGGCUGGCAGGCAAGGAUCACUCGGCCUCCUAUAGUAACAGCGCCUACCUGCAAAACCAGCUCUUGAAACGCCAACCAGCCCUUUAUAUAUUUGGCGAAAAGUCACAGCUAAGGAACUUUAAGUUAGAAUUUGCUUUAAAUUGUGAGUUUGUUCCCGUUGAAUUUCAUGACAUCCGACAAGUGAAAGCCAGUUUCAAAAAGUUGAUGAGGGCCUGUGUCCCAAGCACCAUUCCUACUGACUCAGACGUGACCUUCCUGAAAGCUCUGGGAGACUCCGAGUGGUUUCCACAGCUUCACAGGAUAAUGCAGCUGGCCGUGGUGGUGUCCGAGGUACUGGAGAAUGGUUCCUCCGUGUUGGUCUGUUUGGAAGAAGGCUGGGACAUCACAGCACAAGUGACAUCCCUGGUGCAGUUACUCAGUGACCCCUUUUAUAGGACACUUGAAGGCUUCCGGAUGUUGGUUGAAAAAGAGUGGCUCUCUUUUGGUCAUAAAUUCAAUCAGCGGAGCAGCUUGACCCUCAACUGUCAGGGAAGUGGUUUUACUCCAGUCUUCCUGCAGUUCUUAGACUGUGUGCACCAGGUUCACAACCAGUAUCCAACCGAGUUUGAAUUCAACCUCUAUUACUUAAAGUUCUUGGCUUUCCACUACGUAUCUAAUCGCUUUAAAACAUUUCUCCUGGAUUCAGAUUAUGAAAGAUUAGAGCACGGAACUUUAUUUGAUGACAAAGGAGAUAAGCAUGCCAAAAAAGGAAUUUGUAUUUGGGAAUGUGUUGACAGAAUGCACAAGAGGAGUCCCAUUUUCUUUAAUUAUUUAUAUUCACCAGUGGAAGUUGAGGCCCUAAAGCCCAACGUAAAUGUCUCCAGCCUCAAGAAGUGGGAUUACUACAUCGAGGAGACCCUCUCCACGGGGCCGUCAUACGACUGGAUGAUGCUGACCCCCAAGCAGUUCCCCACGGAGGACGGUGAACUGGCUGGGAGUGCGGGGCCACAGAGCCGGAGGAGGACAGUGUGGCCGUGCUAUGACGACGUCGGCUGCACACAGCCCGACGCUCUGACCAGCCUCCUCAGUGAAAUUGAAAGAUUGGAGCAUAAAUUGAACCAAACCCCCGAGAAGUGGCAGCAGUUGUGGGAAAGGGUAGCCGUGGACCUAAAAGAAGAGCCCAGAGCAGACCACCCUCAGAGACACCCUCCCAGCUCCCCAGGGAUUGUGUCCACCAACCUCCCUUCCUAUCAGAAGAGGUCCCUGCUGCACCUCCCAGACAGCGUGGCCGAGGAGCAGAGCACCAGCGUCUCCCCGUCCAACGGCGUGGACCGCAGGGCCGCCACGCUGUACAGCCAGUACACGCCCAAGAACGACGAGAACAGGUCCUUUGAAGGAACACUUUACAAAAGAGGGGCCUUGCUGAAGGGGUGGAAGCCCCGCUGGUUCGUUCUGGAUGUAACAAAACACCAGCUGCGGUACUAUGACUCGGGUGAGGACACCAGCUGUAAGGGCCACAUCGAUCUGGCUGAAGUGGAAAUGGUCGUCCCUGCGGGCCCCAGCAUGGGGGCCCCGAAGCACACGAGUGACAAGGCUUUCUUUGAUCUCAAGACCAGCAAACGUGUGUACAACUUCUGUGCCCAGGAUGGACAGAGUGCCCAACAGUGGAUGGACCGGAUCCAGAACUGCAUCUCUGACGCCUGA